AUGGUGCAGGGAGUCGACCUUGGUCGCCUUGCUGAUACACACAACGUUUAUAAGAAUGUUGUUCACGAUCUUAUCGGUGUCGAAGAGGCAACCCAGGAACUGGACGAUAUUAUGCAGCGCAAGCCCCGAUUCAACAAAUGGGUCUUGGUCCUGGUGUACGGUCUUGCUAGUGCGACCGUCGGUCCGUUCGCUUUCAAGGCCCGCCCGAUCGAUAUGCCCAUCAUCUUCUGUCUAGGUUGCAUCGUUGGGCUGAUGCAGCACGUUCUCGCGCCACGGUCCACCCUCUACUCCAACGUCUUUGAGGUUACUGCUGCCAUCGUGACUUCCUUCCUCGCCCGCGCAUUUGGCAGCAUCAUGGUCACCCGCAAUGGUACAUCUGAACCACUUUUCUGUUUCUCCGCUAUGGCACAGUCAUCUAUCGCUCUGAUUCUCCCCGGAUUCAUGGUUCUCUGUAGCAGUCUGGAACUGCAGUCUCACCAAAUAAUCGCUGGUUCGAUCCGGAUGGUGUAUGCCAUUAUCUACUCUCUCUUUUUGGGCUAUGGUAUCACAGUGGGGACUACGAUCUACGGGCUGAUGGAUGCCAAUGCAACGUCGGCAUCUACGUGUUCAGGCCUGGAUGUGUACGGAUCGGUUUAUGCACGCACAUUCCCCUUUGUGGCUAUCUACGCUGUUUUCCUGGCCAUUGUGAACCACGGAAAAUGGAAACAGAUGCCCGUCAUGGUCUUCAUCGCUGUGUGCGGCUACGUCGCCAACUAUUUCAGCACCACCAAGCUCGGUCCCCAAUCAGAAGUCGCCAAUACCGUCGGUGCAUUCACUAUUGGUGUGCUAGGCAAUCUGUACAGUCGGGUCUGGCAUGGCCAUGCCGCUACCGCCAUUCUUCCCGGUAUAUUUGUGCUGGUACCCUCUGGCCUUGCUUCUAGUGGGUCUUUAAUUGCAGGCAUUGAGUACGCCAACGAGGUUCGCCAGAACCUCGACAAUAAUGGGACUACUGUGGCUUCUGGUGCUCUCUCUGAAACUUCAGUUGCCAGUCUUGGUUUCGGCAUGAUCCAAGUCGCGAUAGGUAUCACAGUCGGGCUGUUUAUCGCGGCUUUGGUUGUCUACCCCUACGGCAAGAAGCGCACUGGUUUGUUCAGCUUCUAG